UACGGUACCAUUUAAUUACCAACAAAAAUACAUAGACUACUAAUCUUUGCCUUUCGUCGCUCCCUCAAGUUGCAACCGUCGUCGCGCUUUACAUUCCGGCGAGAAAUUGCUUUUUUACUUCGUCGGUUUUCAGAUCGAGCUCCUCGUUUUCAGACGAUCGGAGCUUCCGCUCUUGGUCUCUCUGAGACUCGUUUGAUACUAUUCGAGGCAUAUUUGAUUGAUCGAAGAACGUGUGUGUGUGUGUGACCUUGUUCCUCCCUUUUUACAUCGGAUUUGUAGCUACAAGAUAAAAUAAUUUCUUUUGGCUUGGCCCUCCGUUGUUAAACUACAGAGGAAGAUGUUUGGCUCAUCCAAUCCUUUUGGACAGUCAUCUGGUAGCAGCCCAUUUGCGUCCCAAUCUUUAUUUGGUCAGACCAGCAAUUCAAGUAGUAAUAAUCCCUUUGCUCCAGCAACACAGUUUGGUACGUCUACUCCUUUUGCUGCACAGACGGGAAGUUCAAUAUUUGGAAGCACUUCAACCGGUGUUUUUGGUGCACCUCAAGCAUCCUCUCCCUUCGCCUCCACCCCAACUUUUGGAGCUUCUUCAUCACCAGCAUUUGGGAAUUCUACUCCGGCCUUUGGAGCAUCUCCAGCAUCUUCACCUUUUGGUGGGUCUUCUGGUUUUGGGCAGAAACCUUUGGGAUUUUCAACGCCCCAGUCAAAUCCUUUUGGAAGCACGAUGCAGCAAUCCCAACCUGCAUUUGGAAACAGUACUUUUGGUUCAUCUACACCUUUUGGUGCCACAAACACACCUGCCUUUGGCGCAUCAAGCACGCCUUCCUUCGGUGUCACUAGCACACCCUCGUUUGGUGCAUCGAGCACGCCUGCCUUUGGUGCCACAAGCACGCCUGCCUUUGGCGCCUCAAACUCUCCCUCCUUUGGCGUCACAAACACACCUGCAUUUGGCGCGUCACCGACUCCAGCUUUUGGUAGCACUGGCACCACGUUUGGCAACACUGGCUUUGGUUCUGGAGGUGCUUUUGGAGCAUCAAGCACCCCUGCUUUUGGAGCUUCAAGCACCCCUGCUUUUGGUGCAUCAGGCACUCCUGCAUUUGGUGCAUCAAGUACACCUGCCUUUGGGGCAUCCAGUACACCUGCCUUUGGGGCAUCCAGUACACCUGCCUUUGGGGCAUCCAGUACACCUUCUUUUGGGGCAUCAAAUACCUCAUCCUUUAGUUUUGGCUCCUCGCCAGCCUUUAGCCAGUCUACAGCCGCGUUUGGUAGCAGCGCUUUUGGCUCUACACCAUCUCCUUUUGGAGGUCAAGGUGCGCAGGCUUCAACCCCAAAUUUUGGGGGUUCUGGUUUUGGUCAAUCACCUUUCGGUGGUCAACAAGGGGGUAGUCGAGCCGUGCCUUAUGCACCGACAGUUGAGGCAGAGGCAGGGAGCGGUACGCAGCCUGCUGGAAAGUUGGAAUCUAUUUCUGCCAUGCCAGCAUACAAAGAUAAAAACCAUGAGGAGCUUAGGUGGGAAGAUUACCAACGAGGAGAUAAAGGUGGACCACUUCCUGCUGGCCAGUCUCCUGGAAAUGCCGGAUUUGGUAUAUCAACUGCUCAGGCAAAUCCUUUUUCUCCAUCACCGGCAUUUGGUCAGACAUCAGCAAAUCCAACAAACCCUUUUUCGAGCUCAACAUCUACAAACCCUUUUGCCCCUCAAACCCCAACAAUUGCCAGUUCGGGUUUUGGAACGGCUACCUCAAAUUUUGGUUCCUCGCCCUUCGGUGUAACAUCUUCUUCCAAUCUUUUUGGGUCAACUUCGUCAGCUACCACAUCCGUUUUUGGAUCAUCGUCCGCUUUUGGAACAACAACAUCAUCACCGUUAUUUGGUUCAUCAAGCAAUCCGGGAUUUGGCUCUUCUCCGUCAAUCUUUGGUUCGGCUCCUGGUCAGGCGGCAACUUCGGCGUUUGGAAACAGUCAGCCAUCUACUCUAUUCAGUUCAACCCCCUCGGCCGGGCAGACUGGUUCUGCGUUUGGACAGACUGGUUCUGCUUUUGGAAACUUCGGACAGAGUAGUGCUCCUGCAUUUGGUCAAAAUAGUCUUUUCAAUAAACCCUCCACUGGAUUUGGAAACAUGUUUUCAAGUUCUUCUACAUUAACUACGCCUAGCAGCUCUCCAUUUGGACAAACAAUGACUGCUGGUAUGACACCCUUUCAAUCAGCUCAGCCAGGUCAAGCAUCAAACGGUUUUGGUUUCAACACCUUCAAUCAAACGCAAGCAGCUAAAACAGCUGGAAAUGCUGGUGGACUGGGAUUUUUUGGUCAAGGCAACUUCGGGCAAUCGCCUGCUCCGCUGAACUCUGUUGUUUUGCAACCAGUUGCUGUUACAAAUCCAUUUGGAACACUUCCUGCUAUGCCUCAAAUUUCAAUAAAUCAAGGUGGAAAUUCACCUUCCAUUCAAUAUGGAAUCUCCAGCAUGCCUGUUGUUGACAAACCAGCUCCUGUUAGAAUAUCAUCUCUCCUGACUUCUCGACACCUUUUACACAGGCGGGUCAGGUUGCCGGCAAGAAAGUACCGUCCUGGCGAGAAUGGUCCAAAGGUUCCAUUUUUCACUGAUGACGAGGAAAGCUCAAGUACACCAAAGGCAGAUGCUCUUUUCAUUCCAAGGGAGAACCCUAGAGCUCUAGUUAUACGCCCAGUUCAACAGUGGUCUUCAAGGGACAAAUCAACACUUCCAAAGGCUCGCCCGACGGCUCCAGUACAUGAAAAUGGGAGGGGUCCAGACAUGGCUACUGAUGCAACAAACCAUGAGAAAAAUGGUAACGGAGAACUUGGUGCAACUGAAGAAAGACAGCAUCCAUCAGUCAAUGCAAAUCAGAAACAGAAUGGCACAACAUGCUCAGAUCCGACCAGCGAGAAAGACCGUCCCUACAAAACUCUAAAUGGACACAGAGCAGGAGAAGCUGCGAUUUACGAUCCAUGGGUCAUAAAAAAGACGCUGCAAGUGAAAGAUUUAAACAGUGUAAUUCGAUUACCAGCGAAAGAGACACGCGACGAAAUAAUCGGGAGAUGGAGCAACAAGCUUGUGGUUGGAGAUUCCGUGACAGUGAAACUUUAUGAUUGGGAUUCGGAGAAAACGCACCUCAAGGAAGGAGAUACAGUCGGAUUCUAUUGGGAUAACAUUGAUUCAACUUUGAAUUUCAAAGUUUUACAGAAAAAGAUUGCUUAA